AUGGACAUCCCCGUCGAGCUCUUAACUGGCAUUUUCCAAAAUCUUCCGGCGCCCGACCUAGCUGCGCUGGCUCUCACCUCAACCUCUCUACGAAAUAUCGUGCAACCACUCCUUUAUCGUCAUGUCCGAGUUUCCGAUGACGCUGCUGCCGAAGAGUUCCAUCGUUAUCGAACCUUUGGGCCGAACUUUGACGCAAGUGUCCCAAUCGAUGUACCUACCUCCUUCAAAUCCUUCUACAGAACCAUAAUGUCUUUACCCCAUCUCGGCUCCAUCGUGCGAUCCCUUGAGAUCACCGAGGACUACCAAGCGAUGUCAGUGGCCGAUAUUAAAACGCUUCUCCUCGCCAUGCCCCGCCUCUCGCGCCUAACGCUUCACUGCGGCGAAAUCGAAGAUAUAGAAGAGUGCUCCAUUGCCAUCAGCCCACACCUGAACGAAUUUACCUCGUGUUCUGUUGAGAUUGGUGCCUCUUUCUUUCGCUUCCUGGACUCUCACCCUGAAAUCACUACCUGGCGAUAUGGUGUGAUGGUCGAUACUCUUCCGCACCUGCACAUCCCUGAUGUCUCUGUAGGCGCACUUUCUCGUCUUCGGACAUAUGAGACCGCCACCCUUCAUCCUCCUCUCGAACACAUCAGGAUGGUAUCAUGCAUGACCAGCCUGACACGUCUCUCUAUCAGGUACAACUGCCUAGGGGAUUUUCUCAGUAGGGAAAACCCGGCCGUACUUCGUUCGUUCGAGGACAUGUUUUUGCGUUGUGGCACCAACCUUACCAUCCUCUCACUAUAUGGCCCAUCUCUCAAUAACAACGAUAGCCCCCUGCCAUGGAUCCUGAACAAGAUCCUUCGUCACACUCCCGUUCUGCGCCACCUGAACCUCACCCAUGUGCAGCGUACGGGCACCAUCCGCACCCAAGUCCAGUACGAUCCUAUAGAGACCAUGGACCCCGACAUGUUCAAAGAUACAUCGCUUCCUCCGUCGUUGGAGAUCCUGACCUGGGAGCUGCGCUUGGUUCCCUUCCCCUGUCCGUUCAAGAUAGUGAGAAUGUCCGAGAUAGACGAUCUUUCGGCUGCCGGUCUCGCGAAUGCGAAGCUUCUGUUCAGUAUCAUUCCGUCGUUGGCCACCCUGGUCUAUGCCGAGGAAGAUUUAUUUCAUGUAUUUCGUCGAGCACGGGAUGGAGACGUGACUUAUGCCGGGAAGGACACCGUCAGGGAGUGGUAUGACCCUUGGUGGGUGCAGGCAGUAUUUGACUCUCGAUACGUCUUGUUUAUCUCAGACUAUGUCGCUGAACUGCCUAACAGUUAA